CAGGCCUACAUCGAUUGAGUCUUUGCGUCCGUUCAUCACUACACUUCGAAAUAGAGCACUCGACAACACCAAACCUGCACGCGUUGAGACUGUGGGGUUUACAAACGAGGAAAUUGUACGUGAGGUCUCGGAGACUACUAUUCUCCACAUUAUCGGAGGUCGCAGCACUGCGCAGAGAGAUGUUGUAAGCAAUCGACGACUGGCUCAAGGGCAAAUACGUCGGCCUUAUGUUAGGAAUUCACUUGAUUUUCGGGGACAUCGAAGCUGAGUUCGAGAAUUGAUCGUUCCGGACCUUGGCCUAGCUACCCGAGGCUUUAACAAUUUUGGGCUGUUUACUGCCCAACAAGUUUUGUAGAGCUGUCACGAACUUGCCGAUGAUACAAGAGAUCAUUCGGUGAGGUUUCGAGUGCUAACAAGCGCAGUGACGCCCAGAGACCAUGGCCCAAAGAGAACGUUUGGGACACCUCAAGUUUAUGCAGCGUGCCAAACUGCGAGAGGAAGAAAACGUGAAGGCUAAGCAAGAGGAAGCAAAGGCUAACAGUGAUCAGUGGGUUCUCAAUUCAAAACCAUCAGCAGCGUCAUCGUGUGUCGUGAUUGUGGAGGGGGACCCAAAGCCGAGCAGUGUAUCCGGUCGGAUGUCAUUUCGAAGUUUUAAUCCAUCAUUCGAGGUGCCAUCUGGAGAAGCUGCUAGCAGCCAGAAGAAGCCAGGAACUGACCAGGAAUCAACUGUCAUCACCAGCCAAGAAUCCACAGCAGUUGUCGCCAAGAAACCAAGAAAUCAGUAGAAGUUAUAAAGACGCAUUCACAAUGUACCUGCAAUACAUCACGUGAAGUGUCCCAUUUUUUCGAUAGAGGCUUAUGCUCUGUCAGUUCUAAGUCCCCACUUUCCGUGCCGGAUGUAGCUUGGAUCUUAAAAGUUUGAUAUAUUCGAGGCUCUUUGUUCGCCUGGAUAGCACUCGUCAGUGCUUUU